CGGCGGGCGGGGCCCGGCGAGAGGCGCCAAUGGGGCUCGCGCUGGCGGCAGUUUGAAGGCGCGGCGCGGCGCGCGCCCCGGCCCGGUGUCGCUGAGGGCCGCCCGGGGCCGCCGCCCCCGCCGCGAGCCAUGGACGUGACCGGCGCCUUCUUCGGCAAGCUGCGGGAGCUGGCCCUCACGGUGGAGAAGGAGGUGAAGCAGCUGGAGCGGGCCAUGCGCCGGGAGGACGAGGACUAUGAAGAUGAAUCUCCACUCGCAGUCUUGCAUGACCUCCACUGCGAAAUCAAGACUCAGAAGGAAGAUGUUAGUGCCAGUCUUGGUAAGAUUUGCUCUGAAAAAAAAGCAGUUCAUGAGUUUAUGAAGGCAAGUGAAAUCUUGAUACAAAGAAAUGCAGCAGAUCUUGGAAAAAUAAGAGAGCUGUUCCAGAAAUAUGGCUACAAACCACAUGUCAAAGACUCUACAGCAGAGGAUGAAGCUAACAGUGACUCAGCAAUGUCUGUCCAGAAUAAAUCUGAUGAAGAAAAAGCAAAAGAUGUACCUCACCCAUCUGCUUCUACAGAGAAGCCACCGCUGCCCAAAGACCCGCUGCGUAACCCCCAGCUCUCUGAUUUUGGUCUCUCGCAAUACGCCUUCUCCAGGCCUUGGAGCGCGCUGAAAGCGCAGCACACAGCGAGUGCGCGCCAGCUAAAGGCCAGGAAUGAGACUCCACUGAGACUGCGAACACCGCAGGCUUUGCCCAAAACACCGAAAUGCAAGCUAAAGAUGGAUGACUAUGAGUGUGUAACACCAAAACUUGAGCACUUUGGCAUUAGUGAACAUACCAUGUGUAUGAAUGAAGAUUAUACGAUGUCACUUAUUCAUAAAACUUCUCAGACAAUCAAAAAGUUGGUUAAAAGAGGAGACGAUAACGGAGGGAAUUUGCCAGAAAUGACAGUCAAGGAAAUCAUGGUUACUCCUGCAUCAAAAUCCAGUAAGAGAGCUGAGAAUGCAGCAGCUGACUGGAUGGCUUCUCCUAUGGUAUUUGUGUUCUGUACUCCUGAUGUGAAGAACUCUUCCAAAACAAAUAACACAGUAUUAUCAAGGUCACCAGAGACAAAGGAACUGCCUCUUCCCAGUCAUGCAGCAACACCACAGUGUCCAGAUUUUCAAACAAGAUGGCUAAAAGCAGAAGCUAAGCAGCAGGUAACACCAGGGGGGAAGCUUGAGUCAGUGACAAAGAAUGAUGUAAAAGAUACACCAUACAAAGAAGAAAAAAUUCCUUUUGCUGCAAGCUCUGAUGAGUAUCUGAAACAUCCUGGGGACCCUUCCCCUCCCAAACUGGAACACUAUGACCAUUUACUCAAUACUCCUCCACCUCCAGAAAUAACAAGGAUACCAGAUAAUGUUCUGAAGAUGCUUUCCCAAUAUAAUCAUAAAGUUGACUCUAAAGCCAAGGAAAUGGAGACCAAGGCAGGAAAUACUACAAGAUAUGAAAGUGGUUCCACUGAUUACAGCAACAAAGAGAACAGGUAUGAUUACACUUCACAAAUUUGGUUUAAUAAUUUAAUUUGUAGGAGGUACAAAGAGGCUUUAAUGCACUUAAAAAUUCAUAGUUGCUUGCUCUUCAACUAUCAAAAUAGCUCUUGUUUCUGUGACUAAAUAACUGGGGUUUUGGCAUGGUAUAUAAGUGCCUGUUUGUAAAGAACAAAUACUGUAGCUGAUGGUGUGUUUGA